CCAACAGAAUUCCAAAACCGCAACCUUGAUCGCCACUUCGUCGUUGACAAAGCCAAACCCACACCUAUCAGUGCUUCUUCCUCUUUGAUCCGCAAGACCCAGCUGUCAAUUUCUAAAAAAGUUAAAGUUUUCCUGAGAAAAUCCAGAAUGCACGACUUCUGCUUCACGAUCCCUUACGGCCUGAUUCUCAUUGGUGGAGGUGUAUUUGGGUAUUUCAAGAAAGGCAGCACGGCUUCACUGGCUGGGGGUGUAGGUACUGGUUUGUUGCUUGUUUUGGCUGGAUAUUUGAGCCUCAAAGCCUUCGAGAAGAGAAAGAACUCUUAUUUCGCUUUGAUUGUUGAGACAGUUUGUGCAGCCAUACUCACCUAUGUCAUGGGGCAGCGAUAUUAUCAAACCUCUAAGAUCAUGCCUGCUGGUAUGGUUGCUGGGAUCAGUGCUCUCAUGACUGGGUUUUAUCUGUACAAGAUUGCAACCGGUGGCAACCAUUUUCCAACCAAGACUGAAUGAAGGUGAUGAGAAUUCUCAUAAUUCUAAUUUGAACAGACAUGUUUGGAUCAAAGAAGCUCAGAUGAGUGUUUACAACGAAUUUUGUUGCUUGGAAUUGGAUGGUGCUGUAUUGAUAUGUACUGUACUUACCGAGUGAGUGAUUUAAGUGUCUAUGUAAGUGAAAGAAACCCGGUUUCUUUGGAGCCAAUCUUGUAUCAUUCUGAUUUAGUUUUCUUUUCAUUCCAUAAUCUCUUCGGAAAUAGGUCUUAUGGUCCUGUUAGAUUUUUCAGAUAUCUUUCGAUUCUCUCCUGUUGUACGUAAAUGAUUAUAUUUCGUAUACAUCUACGUUGUCUUGUGUUGAAGCUC